AUUUCAUGUUAAAACAUGUUGUCUGUAACAAAAAAUUAAGAAGAAGAGUAGCUACAUCAGAGAGAGAGCCAUUAACACAGAGAAGACUAGAGAUAUCCAAAUGGGUGGCAGCAGGAAGACAUACCCAAACUCAACGGUGAGGGCUCUACAAAUCGUCCAAGACAAAGCACUGACUGGGAUAGGCAACCUGAUUAAGCUUCUCCCCACUGGAACUGUGUUUUUGUUCCAAUUCCUGAGUCCAGUCCUAAGCAACAAUGGGCAGUGCCACACCAUUAACAAGUACUUGACUGGUAUUCUGCUGAGUUGCUGUGGCUUCUCUUGCUGCUUUUCAUGCUUUACAGACAGCUACAGAGAUAGGAAUGGAAGCACUCACUAUGGGAUCGCAACCAAGGAUGGCCUCUGGCCUUCCCCUGCAGACUCGGAGUCGGUGGAUGUAUCAAGCUACAAGCUUCAAAUGGGGGACUUUGUUCAUGCCUUCUUCUCGCUGAUUGUAUUCAUGGUGGUGGUUCUGCUGGACCCUAACACGGUGGAGUGCUACUAUCCCUCCUUCAACUCCAACCAGGAGCUGUUGCUCAAGAUACUGCCUCCCAUUGUGGGUGCCCUCUCCAGCUCGGUGUUUGUCAUCUUUCCCAACAAGCGUCAUGGCAUAGGGUACCCUUCAAGCUAGCUAGGGUCUUAGCCCUAGCGCGCCCCAGAGUCUUAACUCUUAAGCCUAGCCUGCUGAAUACUUACAGAUGUGCUUGUUCAAUUGUGAAGAUUGGAGGGGUUGGAGUGGUUGAAUUAUUUUCUUGUCUGUGUAUGCAUGUCACUAUAUAUAUGCCUUGAUUCUUCUGUCAAUUACUGUAAGUGUUUGAUUAAUGAUUCAUGCUUCUGUCGAUGGUAUUAAUUUGUA